AGCAUUAUAGUGCGGAUAUAUGGAGCGCGAAGUCGAGAGUUGGAAAGUAAUUGCAGUGGCUGUUCAAAAUCCUUUAUGAUAUUUCCCAGGACUCGGUUGUCGGUUGUCGGUUGUCCGUUGUCGGUCUCGUCAUGAGUUUUGGCAGGGAGCGCGGCCUGGCCACCCGAAUGUUUGCUGCUGCAGCAAGCGCGGUCUGACGGACGGCACUUCCCCAGUCGAUGCACUCGAUAAGAUAGUCAAUUAAAGAGCUCGACAAACCUGUACUAUCCGGCGAUAGGAAACUCAAACAAAGCCAACUUUUCGACGACUCGACGGUAGCGGGAGAACACCUCUCCGGCCGGAGCAAAUGUUUGGGCAGAGAAAACUGAAGCGUGAGAGGCGACCAAGUGAAAUUUACCUGACGGCAAUCAGCGGGCAAUUAUGCGAUAAGCCCUUAUCAGUCUGCAGAUAACACUUUUACGAGAGCGAGAGAGUAAAGAGUGAAGAGAAUUAUGAAAUCGGAAUAGGAAUUUCGGCUCCGUUAGUUGCCCUCCGUUGGCCUCUACGUGCGGUUGUCUCCUUUCUCUAAAUUCGAUCAGUGCAGUGAGUGUUUUUCAUGUUUCCGAGUGACUUACUUGAUUGAUUUGCCUGAUAACUGUAGAUAAACAUACCCGAUAUCUGCCCUAGAAACGGUGCUCUUGGCAUAAGUUGUGUCAAAAUUGGAAAUAGUAAAGGGUUUAGAAGAAAUCGUAUAUAACAAAAUUGACAUUGACAAUCUUAAACUCAAGCUCAACCAUCUACAAAAGUUAAAAAAAAUAAAGUAAACGCAGAGGCUAAUUGUGAAAGCGAAAAAAAAACUGUGAUAAAGAAGGGAUAAACAAAGGAGUACAAAACUGAACACAGAAAGAGGAGAUCCUCCUGCCAGCAGUAAAAUAAUAUACAAUUUUAAUAAAACUAAAACCCGAAGCAAAUUAAAAAGCAAGCAACGCCAAAUGCGGCACUAAAAGUAAUUAGCGACAGGAGCUGCAGGAGUAGGUAAUAAAAACAAAGCAAAGGUGUAAUAAAUGAUGUUGCAAUCCUUGAGUCUGCACGCGGAUAAACUGAGCGGCAACCCACCAGCGACAGCAACAGCAACAGCAGCAGCAACACCGGCAACAGCAGCAACAUUGGAGGCGACUUGCGACGCGGCGACAACAGCAGCAACAACAAUGCUAACAACAGCACCUGUUGCCCAUGUUGCUAAUGGCAACAACAGCAAUUCGAGUGCCGGCAGCAGCAGCAGCAACAGCAACAACCAUAGCCUGUACAGCAAUAACAAUUUAAAUACGGGCAACAAUAGCCAGCAGCAGCAGCAACAACAACAUCAGCAAAUACUGCCGGUCAAGUACGACUAUUUAGAGAAUCUAACGAGCUCGGGAGCAACUUCAGGUGCCAUUGCAGCGACAACAACUUUUACGGGGGCAGCGAAAAGUUUCCAUCCCUAUUUGCGGCCCACCGGCAACAAUAGCAGCGGCAUCGCAGCAUUAUCUACAACAACGGCAACGGUAGCAACAGCGGCAAAAAUGUCGACAACAAUGUUUGAAACACUCUUGCACAACCAAAUAAAUUCCAGCCCAGCAACACUGCCAGCAGCAACAGCAAUCGCUGCAAUAUCUGCAGCAGCAGCAGCAGCAACAGCAACACCAGGCACCGCCGCAACCGCAGCAGCUGUAGCAGCAGCGUCAACGCAGCUGAAUUCCAGCAUUAAUUCCAGAACUUCAUUAGGCGACCAAGGUGGUGCAAUUGUUGUUGUUUCCGCCGCACCACCCGUCGCCGCACCACCACCCAUCAGCGGCCCAAAUCGCAACCAAAGUCCCACCGGUGAGAGCUCUGUCAAAAUGGAACUCAUGGAAACGAACAGUCCGGACUUGGUCAAGGAUCAACCGGAUGCGGACAACAUCAAAAUGUUCGUGGGCCAAAUACCGAAGACCUGGGACGAGACGCGGCUCCGCCAAAUGUUCGAGCAGUUCGGACCCGUGCACACAUUGAAUGUGCUCCGGGACAAGGUCACAUCGAUUAGCAGAGGGUGCUGUUUUGUCACCUACUAUACAAGAAAGGCUGCCCUGCGCGCCCAGGAUGCGUUGCACAACAUCAAGACCUUGGACGGGAUGCACCAUCCCAUUCAGAUGAAGCCGGCGGAUAGUGAGAACCGAAAUGAGCGUAAACUUUUCGUCGGCAUGCUGAACAAAAAGUACACGGAGGCCGAUGUGAGGCAGCUUUUCACGGGCCACGGAACUAUCGAGGAGUGCACGGUGCUCCGGGAUCAGGCCGGCCAGAGCAAGGGCUGCGCCUUCGUCACAUUCGCCACCAAACAGAACGCCAUCGGAGCUAUCAAGUCCCUCCACCAAAGUCAGACCAUGGAGGGCUGUUCGGCUCCGCUGGUUGUGAAAUUCGCAGACACGCAAAAGGAAAAAGACCAAAAGAAAAUGCAGCAGAUUCACGCCUUCUGCGGCAUCAACACGCCGAGCGGUGCGUCUGCAGGCUCAGCCACGCCCACCAUAAAUGCGGCCACAGCGCUAAUAGCCGCACCGCCCUCGGCGGGACGCUCCAAUCCGUCGAUGGCGGCCGCUCUGGCGGCAGUGCCGCAGGUCCAGCAGGCUGGCGCCGCAGCAGCUGCCCAAACGACCCUCGUUCCGAUGAACUCCUCGACCGCCCUCAGUGCGUCCUUGACGCCCAAUCUGCUGGCCAGCAACGCCCACCAGGGGGCGGCAGCAGCGGCGGCGGCGGCCGCCUAUUUGGGGGCGGAUCCCACCACGGCGGCCCACCUGCAGCUAUACCAGCAACUUCACGGAUACGGACUGAGUCCGGCGCACUAUCUGCCAGGACUAAAUUUCCACCACCCACCGGAAAACAGUGCCCACCACAGCCAGCACGGUCCCACCGCCGCAUCAGCAGCAUCUCUAUCGGCUGCAGCAGUCGCCGCUGCCGCAGCAGCAUCUCACCCACUUGGCAACGGCGGCGCACCACCACCCACACCACCCACAAGCGGUGGCAGCGGCGGCGGCAGCGGCGGGAUCCCUGCCGCCGGGCAUGCUGCUGGCGCUGGACUGCUCGCCGCUCCAUCCAUGUCUAUGCAGAAUCUGGUAACCCUGCUAGCCACGCCCUCCGCCCACCACCAGCUGACCCUCGCCAACGCCACCGCCCACCACCACAGCAGCAGCAGCCCCAACAACAACAGCCAGAGCAACCUUCACCACCAGCGACUGGCCUACGCCGCACCACCCCCCACGGCGACCGCCUACAGCAUGGGUCAGCUAAUGGGGCACACGGCCACGCCCAAUCAGCAGGGGGGCGGCGGCCAAACGCUGACCUUGAAUGCGCUGUGGCCUCCCAAUGCUGCAGACCCCUAUGCAUCCUCAUUGAGUGGACUGACAAAUGGUACCCCCUUCGGAGCCGCAUCCCAACCUCUGACUGCCAGCGCCCUUCAAGCAGCAGCUGCUGGCGUGGCUGGCAAACAGAUCGAGGGUCCCGAUGGCAGCAAUCUGUUUAUAUACCACUUACCUCAGGAGUUCAUUGACACGGAUCUCGCGUCGACGUUUCUGCCCUUCGGCAAUGUGCUGUCGGCCAAAGUGUUCAUCGAUAAGCAGACCAACCUGUCGAAGUGCUUCGGCUUUGUGUCCUACGACAAUCCACAUUCGGCCAACGCGGCCAUUCAGGCGAUGCAUGGCUUUCAAAUCGGCACCAAGCGGCUGAAGGUCCAACUAAAACGUUCCAGGGAUGCGGCCAAGCCGUACUAGGCAGCUUCAUGGGCUGACAUGGCUUAAAUGGGCGUGGCCAAGGCACCCAGCACACCAGCAAAUUCACAAACAAUGGAUGAAACUAGUUGAUACAAUUGUGCCUUUUAAGAAACGUUCUGAAACCAAAGGACCAAUUACAAAAAUAUAUCUAUUAAGUUAAUACAAAACUAAAGAUAAAUAGAAAGCUUACAAAUAAUGUUCUCGAGUGCACAAAAACGAACCGCAAAAAUCAACCCUACCAAAGAAGUAGCUUAAAAGUUGCAUCCUUCUUGUAAUCACACUUGCUGAAUACCAUCAACCAUCAACCAUCAAAUCUAUAUAUCUAUCUAACUAUUCAACGUGGUCGGCAAACAAAUCCUAUAAAUCCUACAAACAAAAUAAAACCAAAAUAAAAUACAGAAAUUUUAAGCUUCGACGUGGCGCCAAAGUAUUUUUCAAAGCCAAAUAGUUAAGCAAACAAAAGGGAAAAACAAACAUCAACACAGAAGAGAAAAUUUAAUUUUUGCAAUAAUAAAAGGAUAACAUUUAGAAAAUUAAAGUUUAGUUAAAUGUUAAGGAAAUCAAUCUACCUAUAAAUAAAUUGUAGUAGUGAGCAAACAUUCGAAAUUACGUUUGUAGUGAGAAACAUUCAAAGGGUUAGCUAAAAAUAUUAAAAAUAAAAGUAUACACUUAAAAAAAAUGUUAAAAAACCAUUUGAAAAACUGAAACCUAACUAAUAGGUCUAGCUAAAAGGCAAUGAAGCUGAUAAACUUAAUAAGUGUCAGAAAAAUUAUCACUUCUGGUUUAGAUUCCUCAUCUUUACUUCAAAACUAUUUUAUAUUCAUUGAUAGUUUUAAACUAUAAACUUAACGGAAAAGUAAAUUUUGUCAAAUUUGUACUUAAAAUGCACUUGAUGUUAGAGGGCAAAAUUUAAUUAAAUAAAAGUCAGACAAUUUAAAAUGUAAUCAAUUAAGCCUGUAUUUUAAUUUUACAUUUUACUAGAAGGUGUAAAAAAUGAACCCAAUCGAGCGGUUUCAAAGAUAUACAAAUAAACUAUGAAAAAUUUAAAAAUAUAUAA